UCCUCUCCUCUUUUCUUCUCUACUGUCCCGGUUCUCCAGAUUUGAGGCUUGUCAUGACUAGCAGGGGGACAGUGUCUCUCUCUGUGUGUGUGUGUGUGUGUGUGUGUGUGUGUGUUAAUAUUUGAUUUGAGGGAAGAGAGCAGAGAACUGGUACCAUUUUGCCGUGCAGAGAUGUUUUGCAACACCAAGUGCAACACAUCUUUCGCUUCUUCUGCUUUUUAGCAUGUGGCUUUGAGGGCGUCUGGAGGAAACUGUUGCAUUUGCAAACACACACUGACAAAAAAAGUGCAGCAGCAAUGGAGGUCUUGGUGCUGAUCGACUUCGAGGGGACGAUGGGGGACGAGAUGACGGUGCGUGCGGGAGAUGUGGUGAAGAACGUCACCAAGGCCCGGGAGGACGGCUGGCUGCAGGGGGAACUCGGGGGUCAAAAAGGGAUCUUUCCGGCCAACUUUGUCAAGGAAGUGCCAGUGUAUUUAAUUGGAGACAGCAACAGGGAGCCAAGAAGCAUGAGGAAAUCCAAAAUGGUGAAGGCACCCUCUAGAAAAUGUGAGGUGACAUUUGCAUAUGCUCCAGAGCAUGAGGACGAGCUUGAGCUGGUUGUUGGGGAGACUGUUGAAAUCCUCAGAGAGAUUGAGGAUGGCUGGUGGAUGGGAAAGAAAAAUGGCAAGAUUGGAGCGUUCCCUUCAAAUUUUGUCAGAGAGAUUUUUGUCAGUCCAAAAGAUGCCAAGGUGACGGAGGGGAAGGGCCGGCCCAAGCUCUCUGACGCCAUGUUUAACAACAAAGAGGUCGGACUGAAAUCUUCUUUUUCUCUUUGUCACUGUGCCAACACAGAAAAGGAAAGGUGCCAGGUCAUGUUUGACUAUGCUGCUUUUGCCGAGGAUGAGUUGGACAUGAAGAAAGGAGACAUUAUCACUGUCAUCUCCAAGGAUACUGGAGAUGAUGGCUGGUGGGAAGGGGAGCUGAAUGGACGACGGGGCUUUUUCCCUGACAACUUCGUCAUGGUGAUCCCAGAGAACGCCCUCCAAGCUGGUAACACUAGUAAGCCUCCAGCCCGGCAGCCCACGAUUUCAGUCAAACCAGAAAUGGAGAAAACUACACCUGACCCUACUCUUAGGAAAGAGUCAAAAGAUGACAAGCCCGACAUGAGAAGUGAGCCUCCCACCAAAAUCAAACUGCCUGGACUUCAGGGCUUACCUGGACGCAAAGCGCCGCCGCCACCUCCUGUAAAAGACAAGCCCCACUACAUACCCAAGAUCAACGGCGAGCAGAGCGCAGAGCAGGAGAAAGAGAAGGAGUCCGAACAGUUUGACGCAGUGGACGUGGCUUCGGAAAAACUGAGCCACCCCACAGCCAACAGAGCCAAACCACCUGGGAGAAGGCCACCCUCCACGCUCGCCGUCCACACUCCAGGGGACAAGGGAGAUGUUGAUGAGUCAAAGAAAAAGCUGCCAUCACCUAAGGUCACAGAGAACCAUUUACCAACCCCCGGAAAGACGGAACUUCCACACAAGCCGGCAAUAUCACCUCCACACCCGCUGGUUCUCCCCAAGGUCCUGCCUGACCUGAAGCCAGUUGUAGCCCAGGAGAAGAGCUCGUCUAUGGAUGACCUGCUGGCUGAGGUCCGGGAGCUGAAGAUGACCCUGGAUCAGUUCAAGACUCGUCAUGAAAAUGACAUUAAAGAACUGAAAGAUGAACUGAGAGAGGAGAGGAACAAGCGAACACAAUUAGAGGAAGAGGUACAGGCUCUGAGGAGUCGCCACUAGAAGGACCAGGAAGUAUAGCUUGUCACUCAGACACACUGGACAAAAGUUACACUGAUCUAUGAUCUCCUGCAUCUGAGAAAUUCCACACACACACACACACACACACACACACACACACACACACACACACACACACACACACACACACACACACACAUACACAGGAACCUGACAGUUCUCAAGAGUCCCUGUAUAUACACAGACACACACACACACACACACACACACACACACACAAAACAUGUGUUGCACACCCACAUGGUAUGGCUACUGAGAAGCAGGCACCAUCUUACUUCCCAGAGGACUGUAAGUGUAACAGUAUUGUACAAUAUAGAUCAAAUAUAUUUACAGAUUAGUACAGGGUGAGGAUGUUUUGUGGUGUUUGCUUUUAAUGUCUACUGUUGUUAUGUACCAGUGCUCUGUGGGAACGUUUUAUACUUUCUAUCUUGGGUCUAUUGUGUCUGUUGUGAAUGAAUCUUUUGUUGCACUGUUUGAGUUCUUUACGAGGUCUGGUAGAUCAAAUAUUUUCAUAACCUUUUGACAAAGACCAGAGGUUUUAUCACAGAGAUAAAGUGAUAUGGCCACAAAGGGCAGUCAGGUGAGUUGAUUGUUUUUAAUCCCCAGAUACUUUGCGUAUACAGGCCUACGGCCACAAGCCCUCUGUAUAGCAUGUAGGACUAUGUAUUAAAAAACAAAAUGUAAAUUUGAA